AUAAAAGUAAUACUAUUGAGAAUAUUCGUCAUGAUGUUGAAACAAAUGAUCAUUCGAAACCUCUUGAUGAGCUUCUAGAAGAAUUAGAUGUAGAUCCUAAUGUAGGAUUAUCAAUGAAAAAAGCUCAUGAGUUGUUGAAAAAAAAUGGACCAAAUUCUUUGACACCUCCUAUUAAAUCAUCAGAAAUUGCAAAACUUAUUCGAUGCUGCUGUGGUGGUUUUUCAUUUCUUAUAUGGAUUGGAUCAUUUUUAUGUUUUGGAAGCUACAUAAUCGAAGUUCACACACACACAGAUGCAUCUCAAGAUCACUUAUGGCUUGGAGUUGUUCUAAUUGUUUUAAUAAUGGUCACAGGGAUGUUCAGUUAUUAUCAGCAGGCAAAAAGCUCGAAGAUUAUGCAGUCAUUUAAUGAUAUGUUACCACAACAAGCAAAAAUAUUGAGAGAUGGAGAAAUAAUGGUGAUUGGAGUAACAGAAUUAGUUGUUGGAGACAUUGUCCUUCUCGAAACUGGUGACCGAGUACCUGCUGAUAUUAGAAUACUGGAAUGUCAAGGUCUUAAGGUCGACAACUCUUCAAUUACUGGAGAAUCAAUUGCGCUAUUAAGAUCUGCACAAGCUUCUGAAGGUAGUGUUCUUGAAGCGAGAAAUAUGGCUUUCUUUUCAACAAAUGCAGUAGAAGGAACCGGAAAGGGGGUUGUGGUAGCUUGUGGAGAUCACACGGUAAUGGGCAGAGUGGCAAAAUUAACUUCUAGAUUGUCCUCAAGGCCAACACCAUUGUCCCGCGAAAUAGACUAUUUUAUGCGCUGCAUAUCAUGUUGGGCAAUUUUCCUGGGAGUUUUUUGCUUUUCCAUGUCAUUAGCAGUUGGUUAUGGAUGGAUGAAUUCUAUUCUUUUUUUGAUUGGAAUAAUAGUAGCUAACAUUCCGGAAGGUCUGUUGGCUACUGUAACUGUCAGUUUGACACUAACGGCAAAAAAAAUGGCAAAUCUGAACUGUUUAGUUAAAAAUUUAGAACCUAUUGAAACUCUUGGGUGCACUGCAGUUAUUUGUACGGAUAAAACUGGUACAUUAACUCAAAAUAAAAUGACAGUUAGACAUUUUUGGUAUGAUGGAAAAUUAAGAGAAGUUAUGGUCUCUGACACUUGGAGAAAAUAUGCUAAUGAUCUAGGCUUUAGAAAUAUUGCAAGAGUUGCGAGCCUCUGUAAUCGAGCACAAUGGGCGCCUACUUCUGGUCCUCCUCUUCCUUUUAGAAAACGUAAAGCUCUCGGUGAUGCAUCUGAUAUUGCUCUUUUCAAGUGCAUGGAAAUUCUUAUAAGAGGCGGUGUGAAUACCUUUCGAAAUAACUAUAUAAAAGUUUUUGAAAUACCGUUCAACUCAACAGAUAAAUUUCAAGUCAGCAUUCAUAUGUUUCGAAAUCGUCAUGUACUUUUUCUCAAAGGAGCACCUGAAAGAGUCUUGGAACGGUGUUCAAAGGUAGCUUUUUCAAACACUACAAAGGACUUGACAGAAGAUGUAAAGAAUGCAUAUACUGAGUCGUGCUACGAGCUUGGAAGAAAUGGAGAAAGAGUUUUAGGCUUUGCAGAUUUAGAAUUGUCAGACGUUUCGUUUCCACCUGAUUAUGAAUUUCAAGCAGAUCCACCUAAUUUUCCACUUGAGAAUUUGCGAUUGAUUGGUUUGAUCGCUAUGAUGGAUCCUCCAAGAGCAUCAGUACCCGAUGCAGUUUAUAAAUGUCGUUGCGCUGGAAUUAAAGUAAUAAUGGUAACAGGAGAUCAUCCUGACACUGCCCAAGCAAUUGCAAAGUUCGUGGGAAUUAUUACUGAUGAUUAUGAUGAUGAUUCUGAACGAUCUAUCGUAAUUACUGGAACUGAGUUGAAAAACCUAGACUCGGAUCAAUUAGAUACAAUGAUUAAACGCUACCCAGAAAUAGUUUUUGCAAGAACAUCACCGGUUCAAAAGCUUCAAAUCGUUGAGAGUUGUCAGAGAUUGCAUUUGAUCACGGCUGUAACUGGAGAUGGUGUCAAUGACUCUCCGGCAUUGAAACAGGCUGAUAUUGGAGUUUCUAUGGGAAUUACAGGAUCCGAUGUGAGCAAAGAAGUAGCUGAUUUAAUUCUUCUUGAUGAUAAUUUUGCAUCAAUCAUAACUGGUAUUGAAGAAGGAAGAAGAGUCUUUGACAAUUUAAAAUCAAGUAUUGCUUAUACACUUGCCAGUAAUGUACCUGAAAUCACGCCUUUCUUAGCUUUCAUUACUUUGGGAAUUCCUUUACCUGUGGGUCUUAUUUGCAUUCUGUGCAUUGAUCUUGGUACAGAUAUGUGGCCAGCUAUUUCUUUGGCUUAUGAAAAAUCAGAAAGCGAUAUAAUGUUAAGACCACCGAGAAUUCCUCACAUGGAUCAUCUAGUAAACAGAAAGCUAGUCUUCAUGGCCUAUGGACAAAUAGGGAUUAUUGAAGCUGCAGCAGGUUUUUUCACCUACUUGGUUGUGAUGGCAGAGCACGGCUUUUUACCACAAAGUUUGCUUGGUUUGCGAGACCACUGGGACAGUGUUGCAGUAAAUAAUCUGAAGGACAGUUACGGUCAAGAGUGGACUUAUGAAGAACGGAAGGUCCUUGAAUAUACUUGUCAUACAGCUUUCUUCGUAGCAAUAGUCAUUGUUCAAGUGGCGGAUGUAAUUAUUUGCAAAACCCGCAGAAAUUCUAUCUUUCACCAAGGAAUGAACAAUUGGGUGCUAAAUCUAGGAAUUUUGUCUGAAAUAGCUCUAGCCUGUGUAGUUUCUUAUGCUCCCCACAUGGAUGUUUACCUUAAAACAUAUCCUUUGAGAGCUGCUUGGUGGCUAACUGGUGUUCCUUUUGCAAUAAUAAUUUUUGUUUAUGAUGAAUUAAGAAAACUUUGGAUCCGAAAACAUCCUGGUGGUUGGUGGGACCGUGAGACAUCCUAUUGAAAGAACAAAAUUAUUUUAGAAUAAAAUGAAGGAUUUUUGAAGAUGUUAUUUUUUUUUGUUAAAUUAAUGCAUUCAAUGGUGUAUAUACAUUCCU